AUGGUAAGUGCAAGUUUUAGUAUCUGCAUCAAUUCGUGCUCGAAUAUCAUCACAUUUACAGCAGGACUUAAUUAUAUUAGAUAUUAUGGCGUUUUGGCGUUCUCUUCAGGGUACAGGUAUCGUAACAGACGAAAUUUUGCCGCCACUCAAACAUCAAGGUGUAGAAGGUCGAGUACGAUACUUAGUUCUACUUCAUCCUAUACAUGAUACAAAUCAUAAAGACGGAAAUGUAGGCUAACUAAUAAUGAAAAAAAGAAAAAAGAAGACUAUUUUCGUAUUGCUCAGCAAGAUAAUAGGGACACAUCGCAUUUAAUCACAAGCGCGCACAACGAAGACGAACGUAGAUAAGGUACAAAAGGAACGACUUCACAACUCUGAAACAACUAUAAAAUUUAGAACGUAGUCACAAGAGUAUCAUCGUUCCUUCAGAAGUAAAUCCCUCAGAACGAACAAUUAGAACUUGAUCAACAUUUCUAUCAAACGUGCUCUUCGACAUUCGAAACCAAGGAAUUUAAAUAGACAAAGACAGCAUUUUCGCGUUUUAGGUGAGAUUGAGAAACUACAACAUGUACAAAACACAGCCGCUAGAAUUGUGACAAGGUCAAACAGAAGACAGCAUAUUAUACUCCCAUUUUGAAAGAACUUCAUUGGCUGCCUAUACAAAGCCGUAUCCAAUUUAAACUUGGGUUAAUAAUAUUUAAAGCUUUAAAUAAUUUGGCUCCAUCUUAUCUUCAAGACCUUCUGAAAAUACAUCAGCCUUCGCUGUGUUUAAGAUCUGCUUCUAAAAAUUUGCUUCAAGAACCAAGGUCAAUCACGAAAACAUAGAUAGAACAUUUAGGAAGGCUGGAUCGGCGUUUUGGAAUAGCCUGCCUGAUGAAUUGAGACUAGAGACAUCUGUUGAUAUUUUUAAAAAUAAACUUAAGACUCUUCUUUUUAACCAAGCUUACAGUUAGUUCUUAGUAUUCGCAAAUUUUUAACUACAUAAUCUAAUAUACUGUAUUAAUAAGUAAUACCAUUGUAAUGAGCAUUGAGAAAUUUUUGUAAAUGCGCACUGAAGAAUUCAAUUAUGCCCCAACUAUGUAUCUAUCGCCCCAACUAUGUAUAAAAUAGAUUCGUAGCACAAACUAACUGAUAUACAGUUAAACAAUUUAUCUGUAUAAUGUCUGAAGAAUAAAGGGAGCUAGUUAUGUUCGGAGUUAAGAAAAAUGCUGUUUCCAGAGGGGUUAAAGCUUGAAAAUUCAAUUCAACAAUUAACACAUGUUUGUCAUAGGUUUAGUUGCAACAAUUAACACAUGUUUGUCAUAGGUUUAGCUCUUUCAGCAAGUUGGAGCAAAGUUUGGAAUAGGAUUCAUAUUGAUUUCACAGUCGAGAAUUCUCUAAAAUAUCAAAUUUGUUUCCUCGUGCUCGUGGUUUAAACCACAACCCAACCACGCGCAUUGAAUCAUGGGGCAUGCCGGAAGUGCGAAUACGAAAGAAUUUUGAUUUUUAAAUUCAUUGAGAAUGCAGGUGUUGUGAAAAUGCGAAAUUGAUGUUGAAAAUACAAACAUUGAUGAUGUUGAAAUUGCGAACAUUGAUGUUGAAAAUGCGAACAUGGAUUUUGGCGGAGAUUUGACGCCAUGCUAUCCGCCAAAAUUCAAGUUAGUAAUGAAAAUACACAAACGUCGAUGUUGAAAAUGCGAACAUUGACGUUGAAAAUGCGAAGAAAGAUGUUGAAAAUGCGAACAUUGAUGUUGAAAAUACAAACAUUAAUGUUGAAAAUACGAACAUAAAUUUUGGUGGAAAUUUGACGCCAUAUUCAAAGUCCAUAUAUAAUUAUGGGCUUCUCUUUUAAUACUAGCCUGCUUGCCGCCUGGAAUUUCCAAGGGGGGAUAGCUAUUUUAAAUAAUAGUGAAAUAAAAGUGCUAAUAUUGAAUAUUUUAACUCGCCCCCAUUGAGAUGUAGGAGUAUCUUCCUGGAAUCAACAGAGAUUCACUAAGAAAACGAAACAUGUUGAACAAAGAUAAUAUAUAUAUAUAUAUAUAUAGGUCAAUUUAUGGUCAAUUUAUUUUUUAUUUUUUUUUAUAUUAGGUCAAUUUAUCUGAAGAGUGCCACAUACUGUGGUACGAAACUAUUUAGUAAUAAAGAUGCCUAGUGGAUUUUGUUGAUUUGUUGUACCUUAAUUUAUUUAUUUAUUUUUAUAUAUAUAUGUGAAGCCUAUAAUUUGAUAGCGAAACUACAGCCAUGCAAACAAUAUAUUCACAUGACCUUAUACACAUGAAAAUAUAGUCACAUGACCACAACCAAUCUUUGUUUCUUCUCCAAUUAAACGAGACGACUACAUCGAUAUUUCGCACAAUUUACAAAAAUUUUAAUAUUUUGUUGUGCAUUAAAUCAAUGGUUUUUUUAAGAGAUAAAUAUUCUAAUGGUUAUAAAAGGUUCGUCUCAUCAAACCUUUUAAAUAUUUAUGUGUUGUUAUACGUAUAUAAAGACUUGUUAUACCAUUUUGAAUUGGCUACUAAAACAUAUAGAUCUUUAGUCUAUCUCUAGGUUGACACGCAGUAUACAACACUAUACCAUAAACAUUUUGAGCGAAGCUUUAUUCUGCCAACAAAACGCAACUGAAGCGACACACCAACCUCGUACCCAGGCUAUUUUCUCUCACACUCUGGUGCCACACCAGUGACUUUAACUGAAGACACAGCAUAUUAAAAAAAUCGGAAAAAAUGUCACGGCUUCAACGACUUAAGGUGCUCUCAAAAAAUACAUACUCAGCAACUCCAUAUAACAUGUAACCAAAAAGAUAUAACCUGUUGAAGUGGCUUGUCAAGGCUGUGCACAAACUAAUGUUGAAGCGUCUAUUGCUUACUAACUAUUUAUUAACUUUACAAUCAUACAAAAUUAUAACACUGAUUGAAGGUAUGGUCAACAGGACAUGAGUCCCAUGUGAAGACCAACCUGAAAUACACUAGACUAACGAAAUAUACGCAAGGAGAAAACUUUGCUAUAUAGAAAUUAUAUACUGUAUAUACAAUAACAUGCAUUACUAACAUGGGGGCUUAAAAAUUCUUCACCGAAAUAUAAUUUAUAUAAUACCUAACAUUUAACAACGUGACUAUAUUAUUGGUAUACUUAUAUAUAGUAUCCACAUUUAUAUGCAUUCUACUGAAAUCUAACCAACGCCCUGGACAUACCUAAAAAAUGAAAUGCUUAAAUUUAUCCUUUUGCAGAAUGCAGAUACGAGUGACCAGAACCCAAGCACACAACAAAGUGACCCAUCACGGGAAACAAAAGGCAACGAGGAGGCACCACAGGAAGAAAGGAUUCGAAUCACUACAACACAUUUUGCGUUAGAUUUUAUGAAAGGCUUGGAGAUAGGAAAAAUAUCCGAGAAACUAGAUCACUUGAGCGAAGAAAACAAAAAACUUCGUGAAAAGCUGAAGAAGUUCAAAGAAGAUAAUGCAGCCUUGAAUCAGACAAUUGGAAGUCUACAGGAUCGCAACCAGAAACAAGAGGAAACAAUUCGUGAUUUGGAAUCUUUCCAAGAGAAGUUACAGAAAGACCUCGAAAACGUAAAGAAAGAAAAAGAACAACUGCGAAUUGAGUUCAGCGAAAAGAAUGAGACUCUCACCGAGCAAUUGGAAGCCCUGACGAAAGAUUUUGAGGCAGUCGAGAACGAAAACAAAGAAUUAAAACGCAGUUUGGAGGAGCUCACAACCAGCAAUAAUUCCUUGAAGCAGGAUAUCAAUUCGAUCAAAAAAGAAAUGGGAAAUUUGAAGGCGGGACACAAGAAAAUUUGUGAGAAGCUCGAGUGCAAGGAGGCAAGGCUUGCUCUUGGUCAGAUCGCAUGGCUUCUGGAAGCAGAGAUUUGGAAAGCUGUUCUACCGGACAAAACAAUGGGAAAAACUGGUAUCCUUUUCUCCAUGAAACGCUGGCUGAAGAAGAAUACCUCGAGCCCUGAAGUAAUAGCAGCGCAAAAGAGAUGGGACGACCUAAAACGCACACUAAAAUGGGAUGAAGACGAUCAUACUGACGCCUUGAAAUGUCUUAAAGAGCUCAGAAAGGAGGACGCGCAUCCAGAAAACGUCGAUCUCGAAGUGGCAAGAAAACAGCUGAUCGAGGGUAAUCAUGUCGCCGAAAUGGAUAAGAAAACUUGCGAGGAUAUCAUUGAUAUGAUAGUAACCGCGAGAGAGUUGAACAAUUCAAAGUAA